UAGCCCGGGGAAGUCACCGUCCUCACCUUUGUAGCAGCCCGCGCCUCGGUGCCUGCAGCGGCUUUCCGUGUUCUCCGUCUUGCUGCUGCCCACUGCCCUCCUGCCGCCCACCAUGGCCCUGCUGCACUCAGGCCGCGUCCUCUCUGGGGUGGCUGCCGCCUUCAACCCAGGCUUCGCCGCUGCAGCCUCUGCCAGAGCCAGCUCCUGGUGGACCCAUGUAGAAAUGGGACCCCCAGACCCCAUUCUGGGGGUCACUGAAGCCUACAAGAGAGAUACUAACAGCAAAAAGAUGAACCUGGGAGUUGGUGCAUACCGGGACGAUAACGGAAAGCCUUAUGUGCUCCCUAGUGUCCGCAAGGCAGAGGCUCAGAUUGCUGCGAAAAAUUUGGACAAAGAAUACCUGACCAUUGGGGGCCUGGCUGAAUUUUGUAAGGCUUCUGCGGAACUGGCCCUGGGUGAGAACAACGAAGUGCUGAAGAGUGGCCGGUUUGUCACUGUGCAGACCAUUUCUGGAACUGGAGCUUUAAGGAUCGGAGCCAGUUUUUUGCAAAGAUUUUUUAAGUUCAGCAGAGAUGUGUAUCUUCCCAAACCAUCCUGGGGAAAUCACACACCCAUCUUCAGGGAUGCCGGCAUGCAGCUACAAGGCUAUCGGUACUAUGACCCCAAGACCUGUGGAUUUGACUUCACAGGAGCCUUAGAGGACAUCUCAAAAAUCCCAGAACAAAGUGUUCUCCUCCUGCAUGCCUGUGCUCACAACCCCACGGGAGUGGACCCUCGGCCAGAGCAGUGGAAGGAAAUAGCGACGUUGGUGAAGAAAAAGAACCUCUUUGCAUUCUUUGACAUGGCUUACCAAGGCUUUGCCAGUGGUGAUGGCGACAAGGAUGCCUGGGCUGUGCGCCACUUCAUCGAACAGGGCAUUAACGUUUGCCUCUGCCAGUCAUACGCCAAGAACAUGGGCCUUUAUGGUGAGCGAGUGGGAGCCUUCACUAUGGUCUGCAAGGACGCGGAUGAAGCCAAAAGGGUAGAGUCACAGCUGAAGAUCCUGAUCCGACCCAUGUAUUCCAACCCUCCUCUCAAUGGGGCCCGAAUCGCCUCUACGAUCCUGACCUCCCCUGAUCUGCGAAAGCAAUGGUUGCAAGAAGUAAAAGGCAUGGCCGACCGCAUCAUUAGCAUGAGGACCCAACUGGUCUCCAACCUCAAGAAGGAGGGCUCCUCCCACAACUGGCAGCACAUCACCGACCAGAUUGGCAUGUUCUGUUUCACUGGCCUAAAGCCUGAGCAAGUGGAACGGCUGACCAAAGAGUUCUCCAUCUACAUGACAAAGGAUGGCCGAAUCUCUGUGGCAGGGGUCACUUCUGGCAAUGUGGGCUACCUUGCCCAUGCCAUUCACCAGGUCACCAAGUAAUUUCCUGGGUACGAGGAGCCAGAGACAACCUUUCCUUCAUUCAGCCUUUGCUCUUGUGAGAUUCACGUGCAGGAUGAGGGAGGGUGGAUGGUGGUGAGUGGAUCAUUUCUUUCAACUACAGUGCAUAACACUCAGCGAUUUGAGCGUGUUCCUCCGAGAAGAAUGUGGGGUAAAGUAGGGCAGAGGCCUCCACGCUGGAGUCUGGAACUUUGUUGGCUUUAAACCAAACUCUCCCUCAUCCUUCUGUCUCCAACCUUUCUGAAAGAGUUUACAUGACAAGAAAGUCACAACACCAAAAUCAAAACCUGUCAUUCAUGACAUUGCAAUAUUUCAGAAGCUUUAACUGAAGCAUCAUAUGGUGUCAGGGGCUCCUCUGUGGAUCCAGCUGAGACAGCUCAUAUUAGAGGCUCUGAGAGGAACAACCUAGUUCUGUCAUUAACAGUCGUCCUCGUGUCUAUCCUCCCGGUACAGAGCAACUGUAUCAGCAGUCCACAAUACAGAAAUCAUGCUUUAUAAAAACCAACAAAUCUGUUGCCACUGCAGCAAGAAAAAUAAUAGAUGUCUUAUCUUGGCUUAGUUAACAGGAGAAAGAAGGCUAUCUCUUGUCAUGCUGUUCUAUAGCCUAGAUUUUCACCCCAUUCUGCUGUUUGACCGUCAGCCCCACCCUAUCAGGAUUUAGUUAAGAAUGGAGAGCCUAGUUUUCUGCUCAGCUCUCCCUUCUCAGCCAAGAGCCUCGGAGAGUGGGCGCCUGCACUUUAUUUCAGUGUCCUCUUCAGUGAUUACUUGGCUCCUCUUUGACGGGGCCUCUGCCCAGCUGGACCUCUUCAUUCAUCCUGGCUGCAAAGCCCGUCUCCUCACGUGAGUCAGGCAGAACGGGGUAGAAUCAGAAGGAGAUAUUCUGAGGUUCAUGCGCUGCUAGCCUGGCUCAGACCAUACCCUUUGGGAAGAUAACCACCAUCUGCUCUAAUCUGUAGAUUUACUACCGCCUGGUUUCUCUGUUACAAUAAAAUCAUGUAGAUCCAA